UAAACAGUUAGAAAAGCAAAGCGUCGAAAAAUAAAAAAGAUGGAGAAAAUGAUGCUGAUGAGAUCGAUGUGCCGCUCGAUCAUCCGUAGAUCUCAACAGUUUUACUCCGCCGGAGCCGCCGUCAACUACCGCAUCCGCCACCUCCAUAUCUCUUCCCCGUCGCUCCCCUCCUAUUCUCGUAAUCGACGUUGCAGUAAAUUGUCGAUUUUCAGGUUGCCUUGGGUGAAUCUCGUCACUAGAGAUUCCGUGCAUCCUUUUGCAAUGUGUCCGGGGAACACUCGUUUUUUCAGUGAAGAUGUUUCGCAUAUGCCUGUUAUAAAUGAUCUGGAGAUUGAGCGUGCUUUCAAAGACUUAAUGGCCACAAAUUGGGAUGAACUUCCAUCAGAAAUCGUCCAUGGCGUAAAAAAUGCAUUGUCCAAGAACACAGAGGACAAAGCUGCACAGGAAGUUCUUACAAAUGUGUUUCGAGCAGCUGAGGCGGUUGAGGAAUUUACCGGCAUUAUAAUGUCCCUAAAAAUGGAAUUAGAUGACGUCAUUGGCCUUAGUGGCGAGAAUGUGAAACCAUUGAGUGAAGAAUAUUCAAAGGCAUUGCAGACGAUUUUUGAUAGAUAUGCAGUUUAUCUGGCUGCAUUUGGGCCAGAAGAGAGCUACUUGAAGAAGAAAGUGGAAACGGAGUUGGGAACAAAGAUGAUAUACUUGAAAAUGAGGUGUGGUGGCCUCGAUGCUAAGUGGGGAAAGGUUACGGUUUUGGCAACUUCUGGACUCUCUGGUUCUUAUGUUGAGAAACGAGCAUAAAUUCCAACGGGUGGCCCACUGCAGAAUCUUUUUUUCUUUUCUCAUUUAUGCGUGACUUCCAGAACAAUGUUGAAGUAAGUUUUUGUUCGGAAGAAAUUUAUUGUUCUUGCCUUCUAGUUCUAUAGCAACCUCUUUACUGGAAUUUGUCCAUCUCAAUGAAAUUAGUAUAUAAUAAAAAUUGUGGCGAACAUUUCCUUUUUCUCAUGUCUGCGGAAAAGAUUUCUUUCUCUGGAGUUCUCGUUUUGCUUUCGGCUAAUCCCCAGCCUACAAGAAACUAGAGGGAUAGUAAAAAAUUCCAUUUUGCAGUGUUUAAUGCACCCAAACUCCCCUUUCUUGUUCUA